GAGAGCAUUCAGCAUCAGCUGUUCAACACUGGGCUCUUAUUGCUGGAAGUCGAGGCUGUCUCAGUCACAUGACGAGCUGGAGGCAGAGAUCUAGAGAAAAGGCACAGCAUUUCGGCUUGAACCGCCAUACUGUAUUUUGAGCCAUAUCACAUUUUUAUUGCAACAUUUUACUCCCGCUCGGUGAGUACAUUUUCAAUGGCUUUUUUGUAAGCAUUUUUUGUCUUUUUAAUUGCCCCCUUUUUUAUUUUUACUCCUUUUGCUGGUGUUUGAAUUGAGCAUUGACAUGGUGGUUUUGAGCGUUUUUCACAUCCAGGCUUCAAGUUUUUAGCAUGCAGUUAUUCUGAUCGAGAGUGCCAACAGGGUAAUCGGUGCGGUAUCGCUCGUGAGAGAGCCUUUACUUGCUGGCAGUUUUGUUUCGAUGGUCGAAACCAAGCAGCUUUUGUCAGUAUUGAGAUUUUUCAAACAAUUUGUUGGUGGUUUUGAAACAUUUUUAUUUUUUGUUUCUGUCGACUUUUGCUGUUGCUAUGCUUUGGUUUGCAUUUUGCAGUGUUGUUUGUUGCCUUCGAGUUUUGUGAUUUUGAUGUGUCGGUGAAUCCCACCGCCCUUGCUUUUACUUUAUUCUUCUUUUCUUUAUAACAAGGAGUCCUUUUUAAACGUUUUAACGUGAUACUUUUCUUGCAGCUGAGCUCUCAGGUUUGUUGUUUUUGUGUUGCUCUCUUUUUUCGAUUUCAUUAUACUUUUGCUGGUGGCAGUGUCAAGUAUUUUUGGAUGUUAUCGUUUUUUGACUAGAUGAUGCUGGGUGGACGAGGGGAGUUUUGAUUCUUGGGGGAGUUCAAUGCGUUUUUGUUUUCUGUUUCAACGAGGAUGAACAGACAUUUUCCCUUCUGCAGGAGGGCAACUGGAGGAGAAUGACUGGUAAACUCCAGACCAGCAACGUGACCAACAAGAAUGACCCGCGCUCCCUAAACUCCAGAGUCUUUAUUGGCAAUCUCAACACAGCCAUUGUCAAGAAGACCGACAUAGAGGUCAUCUUUGCCAAAUACGGCAAGAUAGUGGGUUGCUCUGUCCACAAAGGUUACGCCUUCGUACAGUAUUUGAACGAGAGGAACGCACGGGCAGCUGUGGCGGGGGAAAAUGCACGUGUCAUCGCUGGACAGCCUCUUGACAUAAACAUGGCGGGCGAGCCAAAGCCCUACAGGCCCAAAGCAGGCUCCAAGCGGCCGCUCUCUGCUGUUUACAGCGGUUAUGAAUUUGAUUACGAGUACUACAGGGAUGAUUUCUAUAGCAGGCUUUUUGACUACCAUGGCAGAGUGGCCCCCCCACCGAGGGCCGUGAUCCCUGUCAAGCGCUCCAGGGUGCUCGCUCCCUCCUCCCGCCGCGGGAAGACCUCCUUCCCCAUCAAAACAUCCUCCUCUUCCUCCUCCUCGUCCUCCAGACCUCCCACAUCCUCCUCCGGGCUCAAACCAGUGAAGACGGACCAGCUUCAGACUAUAAAGCGGGAGCUCACGCAGAUCAAGUUCAAGAUCGACUCUUUGCUGGGACGCCUGGAGAAGAUCGAAAAGCAGCAGAGAGCCGAGUCCGAAGCUCAGAGAAAGUACGAGGACAACUGCGACUCCCUGCAUGAGGAGUCUGUGUCAGAGACGGCAGAGAACUCUGGGGAAGAGGCGGGAGAUGGGGCUCUGGAGAUGGAGGCGGGAGAGAUGACCGAUGGAGGCGAGGACGAGUACGACGAGGAGGGCAGCCACCAUCUGAUAGAGAACCAUGUAUCGGAUAUUGACAACUGAGAUCAGGAUGAGGCAGCAAACACUCCCGGUUGGUGGUAUUAGAAUUCAUCGUCGCUUUCAAGAGACAGAAAAAAAAAAAUCUGAGGGAUGAAGACUCUCAUACUGGACUGUAAAUUGUAUUCAAGAGAUGCUGAAUCACAUUUAGAUUCCAAACUCUGAAGCACAAAGCCAACGUGAUGUGCUCUCUGAAGAAAAUCUAUUCAAGACUCAUUUUCAUGCAGCGGCCACCUCAUGGAUAUUCUGUGCGACUUAUAUUUCAUUGCAGGAGGCUGAGAGUAUUAUGCGCUAAUCCUGUUGCUGAGAAAAUAAAUAGUUAUGGGAAUGUAAAAAAAAAAAGGCUUUUUAUUCAGAUUUGCAAAUUGAAUUACGUGGAACGAAAGGGAACAUGACAUUGUUAAUUUACCAUAUGAAAUGUGUUUGCAAUGUAAUUUCACAAAGUGUAUUUCAUUUCUGUUGUUGCUUGAAGAUCAAAUGACUAGAACAAUCUGCGACCGCAGUAUGAGAUUCACAAAACGAAUGAAACAUUGGUGCCGUCUGGGUCUGCUUUUUCCAGUGCAUAAGCCAUGAGCUACGAGCAUAACUUUAUCCAGCUUAUCCAUUUAUCACACAAAUACCCUGUGGGGCUGUUCCAUCAUACAUUCCAACCCCUGCCAACUUUCAAAGCAGAAAUUUCCUAGAGCGGUAGAGAGCCAACACUGGCACAGGCGUCCUGCCAGGGAGCAAUGCCCCAACGUCUCAACGCACUCCUCCCUGCUCAGCCUGUGCAUCCCAACAUGCACUGCUGCUGUUCAGGAGCCAAGACCCCUUAUUCAUUCUCCUCUACUAACCCUCACUGCAUUUUGAUUUGAUUCUGCUCAGGCAAAAGUGCAAGCCAAGGUUUUUUUUAAUUAUAUAUCGAGACUCUUUGAUGUUAUAGAAGUAUGUGAUCUGUCUUUUGGAUUGGUUAUAUUUGGAAUACAUGUGUAAUGGUAAAAAAUGAUACAUUGGCCUAACCUAAGCAACCUAAGCAAAUAGUGAGAAAAUACAACACAGUAUCCCAUUACUCUAAUAGAAAAAAAAACCUGUUUAAAUGAAAGAUAAUCUGGCCAGCAUUGGUUGAUUUGUCCACUCACUUGGUGCGUCAUAAUAUCUGCCAGCUUAUUUUGUGCAUUGUUCCCAUGUGGAGCAGCUGUGGUGCAAAAAUCCCUUAUAUGGCUUAAGUGAUUUUAACCAACCUGAUUAUCAACAAACUGCUGCAAAUUGAAUCAUCAGUUGCCACACCUGGUAUACUGUCAGUUAGAUAGGGUUGAAAGAAAAGGCUAGUGGGCUAACAACAUUAAUCCCAGCUGUUAAUUAUACAGCUUCUUAUUAAACGCUCAUUAACCUCCAUCAUUGUCCUUAGACUGCAGCAGCUCUACUUCUCUCUGCUUGUAAAGCUUCCCUGUACUGUGUAAAAUUCUUCCUCCUUAAGGGUUUCUUUCAAGUAUCAAAGCGCACAGGCCUGUUGUCUUUGGAUAACGACCAGUUGACUGAAUAUUAGCAGUCGUGAGCUGAUGUAAAUGUUGAAUAAUAUGAGGCAUCAUUAGAUUUGAUUUGUUUCACCCAAAAAACUGAAAAAUAAAACAAGAUUUUUGUCUAGUAGAGCAGAUAACUAUGGUUCUCUCUGCACAGGUUUUGAGAUAUGUGCCCCUUAGACGCUCGGUAAUAAAAAAUGAGUGCAGGGCUUUUUUUUUUUUUUACUGUUUGACACAAUGUUCUCAUUAUCCCUAUGAAAACAUUGGAAUACUAGCCUCGAUAAGGGUGUUUUAAAUGUAAUUGCUCAAUGUUUUGGACCACAAAACACCUUUGAACCUUUUCUUAUGAUCACCAAACCUGAGCAAAUAAAACCAAACCACAGGGAGUUUUUUUUUUGGGUUAUUACUGACCCUUCUUCACAGAGAAUGAAUUAAAUGUGAAGGAACGGUCGCCUUGCACAACAGUCCAACCUGGCAGUGCUGCCUGAAAAAAAAAAGAAAUGUCUGUCCUGCAGCUCAAAAUAAAUGUCUGGUGAAUGAUGAUAAUGUGUAAUAUUUAGCACUAUUUUUGUAUCCAAAGACAUGUCUAAGGGAAAUGGCUCUGCUACAUGUUUAUCUUUUUUGCUGGUAGCCUGUUACUUACUGAGCAGUAUGGUGACGUGUGAAAUAUUUUGCAAAAAUGCUUCAAAAAAUAUAAUAAAAACCUCAUUGCUUUUAUCUGUUGUAAAUGAUCUAGGUCACUGGCUCAAAAAUCCUUUAAGUUUUACCUGUAAAUAAUCCUUCCUGUGUUUAUUUCAAAUGAAAGAAAAAGAGAAACCUUUUAUUGAGUUUAAAAUAUUGCUGAAAUGAUAUACUGACAGUUUGUAGGAGUGGUUGCAGGUUGUACCCAGAAUCAUGGGGCCUGUAGAGAUAGUGUAACUGACAACUGUUGUAUAGAAAUGUACAUUUUUUGUAAAGAUAUUUUUAUCAAAAGGCAUGUUUACUGUAACUUUGUAUUUUCAGUUCAUGUAUAAAAAAACAGUGUAAUUCAACUGUUGUACGGCUAUAAAAGUCCUUGUCAUUGUAGAUAACUAUUUGUGUUCUUUCGGUCAAUAAAAUGUUUGUGUCAUAU